CGUGCUUUUUCGUAGAAUAGAACGCACACUUGCUUCUCUCCUUCGGUUGAAGACCAGACCGAGAAGCGACCGCAACGACGGCACAACGACACAACGCUCAACAACAAGCAAGGACAACAAGGAAAGACACCCACACACAAGAGAACGACGAAUACUAGAGCAUUACAUCCUCUACUGUACUAUCCAUCUUAUAGCUACCAGCUAGCCAUUAUUAGUCAAGAUGGGUGAACGCAAAGUCCUCAACAAGUACAUCGACCCGACGUUCGAUCCGUCGUUGGUCCCUCGCGGGAAAAAGCUGUCGACGAAAGAUGGCACGGUUCCCGUCCGCAUGAUGCUUCCCUUUAGCAUCCAGUGCAAGAGUUGCAAGACAUUUUUGUAUCGGGGAACCAAAUUCAAUUCGAAAAAGGAACCCAUGGGAGGUCCGCAUGGCAAAUAUUUGGGCAUUCAGCGAUGGCGCUUUUAUAUCAAGUGCACGGCUUGUUCGGCACCGAUAUCCUUUUUGACAGAUCCGCAGAAUGCCGACUACGAAAUGGAAAGUGGGGCCACGCGCAAUUACGAAGUACACAAGGACAAGAAAGAGACGGAAGAAAAGUUUCAACAAGAAAAGGAAGAAGAAGAAAAGGCGGAUCACAUGAAGGCUCUCGAAAACCGGGUGCUAGAGUCGCAGAAAGAACAGCAGGAUUACGAUAACAUGGAGCAAAUCAAGGCCAUGUCCUACCGGCACGUCAAGUUGCUAUCAGCGACGGGGGAAGGAUUUGAACAGGGUGUCAAAAACUUAUUGGAUAAAAUCAAUCCGGAAGAGGCGGAAGAUGGAACGGAGCUGGAAUUGACACAAGAAGACGAAGCACUCGUCAAAUCCAUCAAAUUUGGUGGUAACAACAACAACAACAACAACAACAAAUCAAAUGGCAACAACAAAAAACGAAUCAGAAGACUCGACAAAGAAGACGAAAAACGAGCGGAACAAGACAGACAACAACAAAUUGCUCUAUUAGAACAGAGGCAAAAAGAAGCUUCUCAAAAGCUGGCCGCAACCAAAGAAAACAAGGCCAAGGCUUUCCCAAUCAUCAAAGCAAAACGUCGCCGGGUGGAUGCUCCAGCGGCAACAACAAUCAAAGCAAAACCCAAAGUGGCGCCAGUUACCAAAGCCGACUCGGGUGGGGGAAUGGCAAGCUUGUUGGGUGGGUAUGGAUCAGACUCGGAUUCUGAUUGAAGAGGCAGUCUUUUUUAUAUUCUGGAAUGAAUUCAAUCGGUUUUACAGCCGCAACAAUAAUCAUCAUCUUUUCAAUUCCUUUUCUUGCUUUGUGAUCUGUAGUUGCGAUUGAAGUUUCCUGACGGUUUCGUCUUGCAAGUAGUGGGAUACAAUAUCAGCUGCAUAUUGAGGCAUCGCCUGUUGGGCACGAUCUUCCCCCCAUUCCUGCAGGAUAUGCAAAUAGUUGCGAAGAAUGUGAUAAUCAAUACUAUAGCGCGCAAAGUUCACACCUUUGGGGCU